UUAUGAGUUUCUUCUGUUUACCGUUCACAUUUACAGAUGUUUGAUGGCUCGUUAAUCUGAGUUGAACUUGACAACGAUACGAUUUGCCCUGAAUAGUACACCCCCUGAAAUUCUGAAUUGAAGUCAAAGCUUUGUCUGAAAAGGUUGUUUUUUCGUGCAGUAAAAGGACUCGCCUUUGUCUUUAAUUAUGUGCAGUACACUCGACGAUACGUGCGUUAGCGUUGCCAAAUUAGAUCUUUCAAAUUCUAUAAACUCCGAUUCGAACCAAUCCGAUGACAACCAAAGAGAAAAGCGACCGCACAGUGAACGAAUUGCGUCGUCAAGUUCGGGUUCGUUUCUAGGCGACAGUUUGGGCGAUGAACUUCAUCCGAACGUCCGACGUCGUCAAUCGUCCGGCCAUAAAAGCGCUGGAUUUGGGUCGAGUAAUAACUCGUGUAACUCGCCUAUGAAGAUACCCCACAGGAGAGCUCGAGAACAUCUUCUGAGUUGUUCGUCAGUUGACGACUUGGACGACUAUUUGACGGCGAGUAGUGCACCGAAUGCGUACACAAUUGGACAUUACUCUUUCGUCCUGCGAAAGUCACCGGAUCACCACCGAUUCACUUCAAGUUUUGACGAUUCUUCCAUAGCCUAUCUGGUCCCGGAACACAACAUGCGUCGAAGCUUGUACGAAAUGUGUCAGAAACACACAGUAGUGGUGAUGGUGGGGCUUCCCGCUAGAGGAAAGACGUUUGUGUCGAAGAAGCUGGUGAGGUAUCUGAAUUGGAUCGGAAUCAGAAGCAGAGUGUUUAAUGUGGGCGAGUACAGACGCAAGAGGCAGAUGGGAGGAUACGGUGGAUACCAAGGAGAUGAGUUUUUCAAAAGCAGCAACAAAGCUGCGAUUGAACUUCGCAACCAAUGUGCUCUUGAGGCACUGCACGACAUGGACGCCUGGUGUCAACAGAAGCCGGGAUCCGUCGCAGUAUUUGAUGCCACAAAUUCGACUCCCGAUAGACGAAAGCUGAUCACCAAUUUCUGCGAGAGAUUAGAGCUGGAUGUUAUGUUUGUAGAGUUGAUCACCAAUGACCAGGUGAUGCUAGAUGCUAAUAUUAGAGAGGUGAAAAUCAUGAGUCCAGACUACAAGCACUUCGCCAAUCCAGAUGAGGCAGUCGCAGAUUUCAAGAGAAGAAUUGAACACUACGAGGAAACUUAUGUUCCGUUAGAAGAAAAUUUGCACGAAAACUCAUCCUAUCUCAAACUGAUCGACUGUGGGAAGACAUACGUAGUGAACAGAAUAAACAGCCACGUGCAGUGCAAAAUAGCCUACUACCUCAUGAACAUCCACCCAACUACGAGAUCCUUCUAUUUCACCAGACAUGGGGAGUCCUGUUUGAAUCUACAAGGUCGCAUAGGAGGCAACAGCGACCUAUCUGAAAGGGGACGAAUGUACGCAGAGAAGUUGGGCCAAUAUAUGAAUUCAUUGAAUUUACCCGAUUUGCAAGUAUGGACAAGUCAACUGAAGCGAACAAUUCAAACGGCACAAUUCGUCAAUGCACCGAAGUUAGCUUGGAAGAAUUUGAAUGAAAUUGACGCGGGAACUUGUGAUUCAUUAACAUACGAGGAAAUUGAAGCGAAGUAUCCGAAAGAGUUUCACGCGCGCGACGAGAACAAGUAUCAUUACAGAUACCCGAGGGGCGAGUCGUACGAGGAUCUGGUCGCGCGAUUGGAAAGUGUAAUCAUGGAGUUAGAAAGAUCCAAGAAUAUUCUAGUUGUUUGUCAUCAGGGAGUGCUACGAUGUCUGCUAGCAUACUAUCUCGAAAAAGAAUUAAAAGAUCUCCCAUACUUGAGAUGCCCAUUGCAUACAGUGUUUAAAUUGACUCCGAUAGCUUAUGGAUGUCGAGUUGAGAUGAUUAAACUAGAUGUACCAGCAGUGGAUACACAUCGUGGAAAGCCCAACAUGACUUCAGCUUCUCCCGGGAUUCCGGAGUCGCUGGAAAAACGUCACAGUCAGUCGUCGAGUGGUCCCGAAAACAGUAGUGAAUGCUGUUCAUAAACUAUGGGUGCUUUUAAUGUUUAGGUUUAUUGAUUUUUAAAAAGCGGGGCGGAGCAGGGUUUGUUUAAAUUCAGUUAUCAGUCCAAUUAAUUGUCAGCCAAUCGUUCAUAUCGUGCUUUCUGAAUAUCUCAAAUGAAAAGAUUGACUUAUUGAAGGCUAAUGAGUCUAGAAGAGCAAAAAUUGACAGUAAUUGGCGAUUUGAGUUUUAACGACUCGAAUUCUCGAGGAAAGGACUGUUCAGUAUUAGAAAAAAAUCAUGACAAUAUACUCAGUAGAUAGUUCGAUUAACAUGAAGAUUAAUUCGGAAUGGGGUAUCUUUGAAUUAUGUAACGCAAUAGCUGAUUGUUUUGCUAUUGAUGUCAUAAUUUAUUUGUUAAAAUAUAUGAAAUUAUUUUGAAAUAAAGAGUGAUUCUAAUA